GGCCACAUAAGCGGGCAGACCAGAGACGCUGUUCGCCCGCCACUGGCGGAAAUCCCACAUAAUACCGUCCCCCAUGAUCGAGCGGACUCGCCCUCCACUAUUCAAGGAGAUUACCUUCGGGUCAUUUUGACGCCCAUGAGCUCAGUGUCAAUAUCGGACCCGGAAUGGUACACUCAGCUGCAACGAUAUGCCAGCGGCGAAGGUCAUUAUCCACAGGAUAUCGCAGCCACUAUGCAGUCAUGCACACAGACUAGUGGCUAUGAUACAGACAGGACAGAUCCUCUUCUUGAUGACACCGAAACGCCUUGUCCACGAAGAACAAUCGCCACAGUCCAUCCAACGAGUGCCUCGUCAAACACUAGCUCCAGAAGACUGCAGCACCGCAUAGCCAUCCGGCAACCAACCUUCAGGUCUACAUCCGUUUCAAGGAGGCGAGCACGUCGCGAAAGUAGAAGAGCACCCGAAUAUCCAGUGCGACAUCCAAAGUGGACCAACGAGCAGCGUUACAACCUCGCGAUCAUCUUUAGAUUUUUCGAGGCUGAUACCGAUAAACUGUGCCAGGUCUUCAACACAAUGCACGGCUUGAACCUGGACACGAAGAAGCAAAUCAAACCUCAGGAAAGGCAUCUACGAGACAACAUUGAGGCCUACCCUUUCUGCUUCGCGAUCUACAACUGUCCCAUCCAGGACCCCGCCGAUACCUUCGCUUCCGAUCGAGCAGCAGUCGAAGAGGUAGCCAAACAAUUAGGUAUCAAGCUGCAACGCCGUCAGAAAGAAGCCCACCCAAUUUUAGGCUCUGCAAAGACCGCACGUUCAGAGAUCACUAGAAAUCGCUUUGACCGACUCGUUUUGAAGAAGCCAUCCGACGCAGACAAUGCUUCACUGGUCUGUAAUCUGCAGCCACAAGUAAGGAUGAAACAGAUACGAUUAGGCGGUAUCGCCCUUCAGAUUGCUGGUGUAGAUGAGGUUGAAGUAGAGUUGGGAACCGAUGAAGCGUAUGCAAGUGACUUAGAAGAAGACCCAAUCCCAUUGUCGCCACGCACACCGCGACAUCGCCCGCUACAACCCGCACAUUCUGUUGCGUAUAGAGUCUGGGAUUCUCAUUCGUAAUUCCUCUUGUUUGUGAGAUUCGGGAACGUGCUAAUCAGUCGCAGCCACACAGUGUAUGAAGAGAAUGGGAGGGGAUUUGUCGCUCGAGGACAUUCGUGCUGGAACGGAGCCUUUGUAAAGCCACAGCCACCAGAAGGGGGAGCAUUGGAGUUAUUG